GGCGGGCGGCGGCGAUGGAGGAGCCCCUCUGCUGCUGCGAGUACGUGGACCGGCGCGGCCGGCGCAACCACCUGGUGGCGUGCUGCUGCGACUGCGAGGAGCUGGACGACGGCUGCGACAGGUGGCUGACGUGCAAGUCCCUGCCCCCGGGAGCGCUGGAGAGGAUCGCCGACACCGUCGCGGACCGGCUGCGGGUCCCCUGGUUCUCGGGGGCCGUGAAGAUCAACGUCAGCCUCGUGCCGCCGCUCGUGCUGCUGCCCGUCUUCCUCCACGUUGCCUCCCUGCACUUCCUGCUGGGGCUCAUCAUCCUGACGUCUCUGCCCGUCGUGGUGCUGUGGUAUUACUACCUCACCCACCGGAGGAAGGAACGGACUCUCUUCUUCUUGAGCCUGGGGCUCUUCUCCUUGGGAUACAUGUACUAUGUGUUUCUCCGGGAGGUGGUUCCCCGGGGCCACGUGGAGUAUUCCCAAGUGGUCGCUCUCACGUGCGGGUUAAUUCUUAUGCUUGUAGCCCUGUCUCGAGCCAAGAAGGACCCUGGCUACCUUCCCAUCCCAGCAGGCAACGAGAAGCCAUCGCACCAAGGUUUGCCCAACAGGAGUGUUAGAGGGAGCUCCAGCGGGCUCCAUGGCGUCUCAGGUGCUGGCAGCAGCCGCGCUGUGAAUGGGGAGGCUAAAGGUUAUUGCAGGAUGUCAGCUGAGCAGCCAGAAGGUGUGAAAAAGGACUGGUGCACUAAAUGCCAGCUGGUCAGGCCAGCCCGAGCAGGGCACUGCCGGCUUUGUGGCAGGUGUGUGAGGAGACUGGACCAUCACUGUGUCUGGAUUAACAGCUGCGUAGGAGAGCAGAACCAUCAAGCUUUCAUCCUUGCACUCUCCUUCUUCAUGCUCACCUCUGUGUAUGGGAUUACCUUGACCCUGCAUACCAUCUGUAGGGGCCAAACUCCAUUUGUGGCAUUGCUCUACUGCCCCGGGGUCUAUUCUGACUACAGCUCUGCUCUGUCGUUCACCUGUGUAUGGUACUGUGCCAUUGUAACAGCUGGCAUGGGAUACAUCCUCCUUAUCCAGCUGUUGAACAUCAGCUACAACGUGACUGAGAGGGAAGCUCGGCUGGCUCUGCGGGACAACACUGGGCGCAGACUGCUGGGCGGGUUAGUGAUAGACACUGGCCAGUAUAACAGGGGACUGCUGUGCAACUGGGGCCACUUCCUGAGCCUGGGGUCUUCUCCUCCACAGCGCUCUGCUGAGGACAUCGUGUGACAGCCCUCUUUCUGCAGAUGGCGUUGUUGUGGCUCACUGACUUUGUUUAGCAGGGGAGCAGCCCCUCCCACCAGGACUCCUUCCACGCACAACCUUUCCUCGUGGUCAAUGUGUGGGCUAUCCCCUCACUGACAACACCAGAUGCUUUCCCAGGUGGAAUGGUUCUUCACGUGCUGUCAGCCAGCAAUAGGAUGCAGAAAGCAGUAAGCCAUAUGUGCAGAUGGGGAGAGGAGAAACCUGCUGCCUUUUUCCACCAUGGGAAACAGCACAAAGAGCACAAGGUUUUGAGAACUUGAGUUUCCCUUAGAUGUGAAUACUGGCAUCAGGAGGAACGAGUACACUGGGUCCUGCGAAGGUUAAGGAGUCCCUGGGUUUGUACCUAUGUGUGGCGUUUUGGAGAGAUCAGAAGAGUGAACAGAUGGACCCCUGCAGAAACCAGGCUCUUUGGCUGAAACAGACUGUCUAGGCAGUCACUGGCAGCACUCUCCUCUCUGAUGCAUUAAUUUAUUUAUUUUUACUAUCUCAGAUUCCAUCCAGCUGUGUACAUGCUUCUAAUAAGUGCCUUUGUGAGCUACAUUCCUGUAGGACUUUGUAAGAUCCCUUCACCUCUUGACCCCUAAAGUUGUUAUUCCAUCUCUGUCUAAAUGAGUGAAAAGAGAUCCCACUGUUCUUUCUGCAAGCUGUAUUGGUUUGAAGGUUUUGCUCUUCUCCCUCAAAGUGUUUCUGCUCUGGUUAUGGGUUGUGACAUGUGACAGCAGGUAAAUACACCAAGUAAGGAGUUCUGAAGCAACAUGUAACUGUGAACUCGGAGGGCAAGCCAAGAAUGCUCUCUAUCUGGUAUUACUGUCGCUUUAUGGAAAUUACAUUAAUUCUCUGUUUGUGGUAGAAGGAAGUCUGUGGGAGAGUAGGCAAUUCUGCUAGCAGCGUAUUUGGUAGGUAGCAUCUUGGUUGUGUUGCUGUUAGCACAGUGAUCUUGUCUUCUCUCAACCUCUUUACUGUGGAGCUGCCUGACUGUAGAUCUGUUUUCUCAAGCCAAGAUGCCAAGGAACAGAUCAACCCCAAGGUACAUAGGCAGAGGUAGAGGAUGUGUUGGAGGUGUUUGUUUUUGGGUUAGAUGAGCUGUACUGGCAGGUGAAUGAACCUGUUAAAGUGUGCUCUGCAGGAAUGCCAUUUUUUCCUCAUCAGACUGUAACUGUACUAUGAUCUGGACUUGAGCUUCAGACAAAAUAACAAGGUUUUGAUGGCAGUGGUUUCUGGUUUUUGUGGGUGGGAUUUUUUUGUUGCUUUUUGUUUUAAACCCUUUAUAUAAGCUGUUGGCCCUGCAGUAAUAGGAAAGGUGUGGCUGAAAUACUAGGGGACCAUGGCAGAAGAAUUACAGGUUGGGCCUAAGGUGCAAAAGCAGAGAUAAGACCUUUGUCCUGGCUAUGGUGCUUUCAGACACGUGCAGCACGCAUGGGUCAUGCCUGCCCCUGAGUGCACAGGCAUGGCAGGCAGCUGGGGAUGUUGGGCAAAUGGUAUGCAUUCACUGUGCUGCUGUGCAGUAACUUAGAGAAAUGGAUGGAUGGUGCAUGGUGCCAAAAGAAAGCAGGGGCUGUCCCUUGGGAUCCCUGCCAUAUUUAUUGUGAGUGCCCCUCAUUACAUGUCCCAGUAUAAAAUAAAGACUGUGUCCCUCUUUGCACUAUUUGGUUUCCUCAAGUGGUACUUUUUAUAACCAGCAGAUGAUUGAGGAGCAGCUACAUUUCUAAUGUGGCUGUACAGUUACUGAAUUUCCCUUAUUUCCUCUUGACCCUUUCCAUUCAGUGAGUAGUUUUUUAUAAGGAGGUGAAGGGAUAGCACUUUUGCUUCCUACCUCUAGCCAGGCACAGUCGGAGGUUCUGACCACUUUCUUGACCUUAAUGUGAAUAAAGGUACUCAGCAGGUACUCUGCUGGAUUGUGCAAAAGGUUCCUUUAUGACCUUCCGUUUGGAGCUUGAAGCCUCAUCCUAGUAGUUCAAAUUGAGACAAAGUUGCUUCCACUUGAGUUGUAUGUAAAUGUUUCCAAUAUAUAUUUUGUGGUGUCUGCUGAGAUGAUGUCCAGCUCAGCAGCCUGGAGAUAGGAGUUCUGUGGGCUAGCAGAUCCUGCUGGCACUGAGGAAGAUUAAGGCAGAAGGAUCUCCUGGGCUAAAUGAACCAUUGCAAUGGAGACAGCCAAUUUGUCCAUCCCUGUGUACUGCACACCCAGGAAUCAAACAUCUACCCAUGGGCUGAACGAGCUCUGGGAGCUUUUGCAGGUUUGAGAUAAGUGAUUACUCAGAGUCCUGCUGCUCCCAGCUGGAGAAAGCAGAGCAGAUCACAGGGUACUUCCCUGGCAGUGCUGACCCUGUGGUGCUCACUUCCUCCCACAGGCAGCAAUUGGUUGCAUCUUUGCAGCCUGCCUGUCACUGUAGCCUUUUCCCUUGUCUCUCGGUGAGCUGUUAGUGACUGGGAGGUUUCAUCUGAACUGCUUACACUGAGACUCUCUCUGGGCUGUUCUCCCAGGCAGCAUGGAAUUUGGAGUGCAGAUUAGGAACAAAGGACCUGAGACUAAUGUAACCAUUCCAUAUCUUGGCCAAACUUGCUCCAGUAGAGUGGGGGUGAAGUGCUAAAGUAAUUUUCAUUUUUUGCACUGGCUCCAGGGGGAACUGAAAUCAUUCAGGGCACUAAAGGGUUGCAAGGAUGGGUUUUUUUUCCUAGGAGGAAAAUGCAGUGCUGGUUCCUCAGCGAAGUUCAGGUGGCUGUAAUCUUCAUAGUAAUGGUGACUGUUUCUUUGACUGCAUGGCAUUGGUUUAUCUCUUCUUCCUGAUAGGCUCUGCUUUGUGAGAUGAAAAGCAUAAAGUAAUAGGAUAUUUAAAGGGCAUCUAAAUGGGCAGAAGAGUUUCCAUCCCUUCAGGUGCUUACUUGGGAGCUCUCCUUUAAACAUCCCUGAGAAUUAGCAGGAAAUCCUUGGAGGGUAAUGCUCCCUUUGCAGUUUUUGCAAGGGCAAACUGUUGUGAUCUGGUGUGCUCAGGAACAGUUUCUUUUCUGAUCAAUUUCCUGCUGAGCUGGGUACUGACCAUGCUGGUAGAAAAAUGUUAUAAUCUAGACAUGCAGAGUCAGUUCUUGUAGCUGCCUAGAUCUGUGCUGCCUGGGAGUUGGAGCAUUGGGAGCAGCCUGCAUGUGACAGGGGACUUGUGGGUUGUGUGUGACCUUCAGGCAAGGACCAGUGUCUCACCUGUAAAGUUGUAUGCCUGGCAGUGCAGAAAACAGUACCCCGCUGGCUCUUAAAAGUUUUCCUUGUGUGUGAAGAGAGGACUUAAAGCUGAUCAAGAAGGGAAGAAUUUUGGUAAUAGCCAGCCUUGAUGUUUUUCCACCCAGACUUUGGAAGUUAGUUUAUCUUGCUUUACCCAUGACCUUUUAAGAGGCAUUUGUUGUUUCACAAAUAAUGUGGACUUCUGCAGACCAGGCAGCUCUUAGGGGGCCAGGGUCCUGGUGUUGUUUUGGUGUUGCUGGUGUUGUAGUGUUAUACCCUCUGUGUCCAAAUGCCAUCACCCCACUGUUUGGUGUCUGUAGUAGGAACAGUGCACCAUUAAAUACACCCUGUAAGUGGUGGCUUGGCACUCUUUAACUGUGUCUUCCUGCAUUGUGCUUUUUGUAGGCAAAUCACAGGUCCUCACAUUGACUGUUUCUCCGUUUAACUUGUCCUCAAAUGACAAAAGUCACUGGUGAGCCUAAGCUGGUGCUGCUUGUGACUUCUAAUCACAUUUCAGCCUUCAUGCUAUGAUGGUGCUUUUUUUUUCCCUUCAAAGUAGGUUGCUUUCAAGUGUCUUAAUGAAACCAUUUGCUGUAAAAUUUCUUCUGAAGAUAAAAUGGAUACUGCCUCACUGCCUAAUGUCUUAAUAAUGUGCUUGGUUUUUUCCUCCUAUAUGAAUGUAUAUUGCCUCAUUAGGGCAGGAAGUGUGUGUGAUUAUGGAUGUUUUCCUGUAUUCCUUUCAGUGAAAAAUUCUACAGUUACCUAGGAUUUUUUUUUUUUUUUGCCAC